AAAAUGUUAUGGCCAAUCAUAGUUCUCAUUUCAAGCAUUGGAUUCUUGUUUAUUUGUAUUUCCAUUUAUUUUUAUUUGAAACUCAAUUCAAGCCAAAAUCAGAAAAGCAGUAGCCUCAAAAAAUAAGAGAGUAAUAAUGAUUUUUUAAUAAAGGCAAAGACAAUUAAAUAAAUUAAACUAACAAUUUAGAAUAAAAUAAGUAACAAUAAAUUACACAAAAUGAUUAAUAAGAACUAAAAUAUUUGGUAUCUGAUUAAUUAAUACUUAAUCAGGGUUCCUAAAUCAUAAACUAAAAUAAAAAUAUGAGCAGCAGCCAAAGAAAUUUAAUUUAAUAAACUUCUGAAAAAAAGAUACAUUAUGACAAGUAAGACAAGAAAUUAAGUAAUGAUAUCAAUGAAUAGUUAAAUUUUCAAAUAGAAUAAGACAAUCAAAAAAAUAAAACAAAUAACUAAUAAAUUAAUAAUUAAAAUUCAGGUGUUUAAUAAACACCAAUAGAUAUAUAGGAAGAAAAUUACUAAAAAGCUUCCAUUUCAACUAAUUAGAACUAAUAAACUUUAUAAAUAGUAUAAAUAAAUGAAAAAGAGGCAUGUUAAACUGAUAAAAAUAGUUAAAUAUAAAUUGCUCAAUAAAAUAUUAUGGCAAAUUAUGAAUGGAUCUAAACAAUUUACUUGCUUAUUUCGUGCUCUAUAUUUAUUGAAGCUGUUUUAGCUCGAAUUUAUCUUUAAGAAACAUCAAAAAAAAUAAAUUUCCCAAUAUUUCUUAUUUAAGGAAGUAUAAGUGCUCUAAUUAGUGUAAUAAUUUUCAAUAUAGUUUUUUGCAUUCCAUAUGAAAAGAUUUUUUUAUCAACAACACUUUAAUUUAGAAUUAUGAGUAGAUUUUGUUUAAUUUUAUAUGGAAUUACGAUGAUAUUCCCUAUUUACUCUGGACUAGAUGAAUUUCUUGAGUUAGAAUAUAUCACUAUUCUAAUAUCUUUUAUAUGCUCUCUUAUUAUUUAAUUAUUUUUAGAGAAAUUAUCAUCAAACUGUUUUAAAUUUCCGCUCACUAAGUUAAAGAGUGCUCCUAUAGAUACAAACUAGUGA